GAAUUCUUCUGGCAACACAAUCACCUACUCUUUCUCCCUGUCCAUGGAAGUACCAGGUAAUCAUACGCCUUCAGAAUGACAGAUCAAAUAGGCCUCGGCCUAGACGGUGCACAAGAUCUUCAAGACUUUGAUAUUGGCGUCGUCCGCGAAUUCAUCACUUUCUUCCCUGACAAUGGACUUUCCAAGGUCCUGAAGGGCUAUCUGAGUAGCGGCGCCUCUCAAUUUCCUCUGAGAGCUACUAGUGCUACUGCAGAAGGAGGUGUCAGCCUCGAGAACGACGAGGAAAACGAGGAGGAUGUUCCCCUCACUUCGGAAGAUUGUUUGGUGCUCAUGACGGAUGGCGUGGACGAAGCCAAAGACUCAGUUCUGGCUCACCGUUUGAUGAGCGAGUACUAUCUGUUCUUGGAAGAGUAUGAAAGCGCCGUCGAGACUACCCGUAGGGGACUGAAACUUGUUGCAAUCGAAACCAAGAAGUCGGGCCUCAAAUUCCAGAAGAUUCUAGAUGCGUUCAAUAGCACCCUCGCGACAGCAUUAAUUCACCACCAGGCCCCAAAAAACCAUCCAGAGGCGAGAGAUAUAUUCGAAGAGAUCCUUCGUCGAAAGCCACAGUUCACUCCUGCUCUUAUAGGACUUGGUCUGAUCUUAGAAGAGGAAGAAGAGUAUGCCGAAGCAGUUACGUUUCUUGAUAAGGCCUUUGAGAAUGACCCGGGCAAUGUACGUAUCGGUGCGGAAGCGGCUUGGUGUCGAGCUCUCAACGGAGACUAUACUACUGGUCUGAGUGAACUCGAAGAGUUCCUUGAGUAUCCCCAGAUGGAUUUGAAGCUGCCUCGCGCUAGAGAACUCCGAGCGCAGACAUUGUAUCGAAUCGGAAUCUGCCUUUGGGAACUAGACUCUUCUGCCUCUGCUCGCAAGGAUCGACAAGGAUCAUACGCGAGAUUUCUUGCCUCCAUAAAGGCCAAUCCCAAUUUUGCACCUCCAUAUACCAGUCUCGGAAUCUUCUACGAGGACUACAAAAAGGACCGAAAGAGGGCUCGGCAAUGUUUCCAAAAGGCCUUCGAACUCUCCUCUUAUGAAUUAAUCGCAGCCGAACGACUUGCCCGGUCGUUUGCAGAUCAAGGAGAGUGGGACAUUGUCGAGGUUAUUGCGCAACGGGUGGUCGGCUCUGGAAAAGUUAGGCCGGCGCCUGGUUCUAAGAAGAAGGGCGUGAGUUGGCCGUUUUCUGCUUUGGGUGUUGUUCAGAUGAACAAACAAGAGUACCAGAAAAGCAUCAUCUCGUUCUUGUCAGCCCUCCGAAUCAGUCCAGAUGAUUACCACUCUUAUGUUGGACUAGGAGAGAGCUAUCACAACUCCGGUCGCUAUAACUCAGCUUCGCGAACGUUCAACUAUGCGGAAAAUCCCACAGAUGGAGUUGAGAUGAAGAAGUCCGGCGAGAGUUGGUUUACCAAGUACAUGCUAGCGAACGUUCAUCGUGAACUGGGAGAGUUUGACGACGCCAUUCGAGGGUACGAUUUAGUGCUGAAAGAACGACCUAAAGAAUUUGGAGUUUGUAUUGCGCUACUUCAGACUUUGGUAGAAAGCGCUUGGAGGAAUAUUGAGACUGGCUUCUUUGGGGCAGCCGCCGAUAGCGCCCUACGAGCAAUCGGCGUCGCUAUAUCUGUGUCCGAAUACAAGCCACAAGCCUUCAACUUAUGGAAAGCCGUUGGAGAUGCUUCAGCUAUAUUUUCCUGGGUUCAAGAGCGGCUAAGCGAUAUACCUUUGCGGAAGAUAGAGAGCCUGCUGAAGGUUGAUAUCGACAGCAGCAUUUAUGACCUAUUCCAUGAGACUGAUGGCAUUGGAUCCGGCCAGCUUGGUCUCUUGUCUGCAGACGACCAAACAAGCCCUGUUCUCGCUCGAUCCCUGCAUGCAUCAAUUCUUUCUCAGAAGCGAGCUAUACAUAGCUGUGCAAACGACAUACAUGCACAAGCAGUGGCCUGGUAUAACCUGGGAUGGACGGAACAUCGCGCUCAUGUUUGCCUCGAACAAAACCAGGAUUCUUCUCAAGGAAAGGCAGGCACCACAAUGCUCAGAGCAGCCAUGAAAUGUUUCAAGCGCGCUAUUGAACUUGAGGCAGGAAAUUCCGAAUUUUGGAACGCUCUUGGUGUCAUCACGACGCCAUUGAAUCCCAAAGUAGCUCAGCACUCCUUCGUCCGCAGCCUCCAUCUAAACGAGCGCAGCGUGCGCGCAUGGACGAACCUAGGGACCCUUUACCUCAUCCAAAACGACUUGGAGCUCGCUCAUCAAGCGUUUUCUCGUGCGCAAUCUACAGAUCCAGAUUACGCUCACGCUUGGCUCGGAGAGGGUCUCAUUGCUCUCCUUUACGGUGAUCCAUCGGAGGCCCUCUCACACUUCACCCACGCCUUUGAGAUUUCCGAUUCUGCGAGCUUAGUCUCGAAGCGACAGUAUGCCCUUUCAUCGUUCGACUAUCUCAUCUCCACCCCGUCUGCCUCGAGCAACAUUACGAAUCUAAUACAACCCCUCUUCGCCCUCCAUCAACUCGCAUUUCAGAGACCUGAUGAUGUGCCAUACCGACACCUUGCAUCACUUUUCAUGGAACGCGUUGGCAACCACGACGCCGCAAUCGAGGCUCUGACUUCUCUAUGCGGUACAGCUGAACAGGAAUACGAAGAAUCAGAAUCCCCAGCUUCGCUCUCUCGGUAUGCACACGCAAAGACAGACUUAGCGAGGAAUAAGCUUGCCGCUCACAACUAUUCCGAGGCUGUAGAGGACGCAGAGACAGCAUUAGAUCUGACUUCUGACGCUGACUCCUGCUCCAUGACCCCAGAGGUACUUCGCAAGACUCGACUUUCUGCUCGGCUUACUUCUGGGCUUGGUCACUUCUACCUCAACGACAUGGACAGCUCCCUAGCAUCUUUCCGUACGGCACUAGAAGAGAGUCAAAGCUCGCCUGACGUAGUGUGUCUUGUUGCCGAGGUCCUCUGGGCAAAGGGCGGCGAAGAGGAGAAGUCGGUUGCACGCGAGCAGCUCUUCGAGAGCGUCUCAAAGCAUCCGAAUCACGUUGGCUCAAUCACACUGCUUGGUGCCAUGGCUGCGCUGGACGAGGAUACUGAGACGAUGGAAGCAGUUCGCGAUGAUCUGGCUUCGUUAAGGAUGAAGCCGAAUCUAGGUGUCUUACAGCUUAUUCGCGUCGAGGAGGUCCUUGAUGCUAUUGCAUUCAUCAAUGGCGGCGACGAGGGCGCCGAGAGGGAGACCAGACAUAGUAUCAUGCUUGCACCUGGGAAGGUGACUGGAUGGGCGCAACUGGCCGAGGUCAGCGAAGAGAUAUUCCCGGCACAGAUGGCGCUCAAGACGGCGGAGAAGAGUGUUCCACCAUUGGGAGCACUCGGUGCUGUGGAGCUGAGUGAGGCAUUCUCAGGCAUAGGAACCUUAGGAGAUGCUCAGAGAGCAGUUUCAUUGGCGCCAUGGGCUGAAGGAGGCUGGAAGGCCAUGGGGAAUGUCCUCGAGUGAGGUGAAAUGAAAAACGUUGAAGUCUGAGCCUCAGAGACUCGGUUUGAUCCUCAUGCUUCCAUAGCCUUGAAGAUCGCAUCAGUUCGGAGUACUAAGCAUGCGAGUCAGGUUGGCAAGUCUGUAAAGUAGAGCAUAUGCAGGCAUUAGGCGGAUGCAUGGUUUGUACUAUAAAUGGGUUUCAUGAGAGACGGGAUACUAGAAGGUUACAGUUGAACAAGACUGUUCCACGAAAGUAUGAUAGUUACAAACAGGAAAUCUUUGAAUGCUUCUUCCAGCGCAUUCGGCUUAAAUUGCUUGGAGGAGUCCAUGCUCAGCGAGGUCUUUCUCUGUUUGCAG